AUGUUGCUGAUUUUGUUCCUCGUAAUAAUUUGUUCCCAUGUUUCUGUGAACCAAGAUUCUGGCCCUGAGUAUGCAGAUGUCGUGUUUCUGGUGGACAGCUCUGAUCACCUGGGAAUUAAGUCCUUUCCUCUUGUAAAAAUGUUCAUCAACAAAAUGAUUAACAGUCUCCCCAUAGAGGCCAGCAAGUACCGCGUGGCCCUGGCCCAGUACAGCGACAAGCUCCACGAUGAAUUCCACCUGAACACGUUCAAGAACAGGAACCUCAUAUUGAACCACCUCAAGAAGAAUUUCAGGUUCAUUGGCGGGUCCCUGCGGAUAGGAAACGCUCUGCAGGAGGCUCACAGGACCUAUUUCUCUGCACCUGCAGAUGGAAGAGACAAGAAAGAGUUUCCCCCAAUUUUGGUGGUCCUGGCUUCGGCCGAGUCUGAGGAUGAGGUGGAAGAGGCUGCAAAGGCCCUGCAGAAAGACGGGGUAAAAGUCAUCUCUGUGGGGAUGGAGAAAGCUUCUGAGGAAAACCUGAAGGCCAUGGCCACGGCUCAGUUUCAUUUCAACCUUCGGACGGUCAGAGACCUCAGCACGUUUUCCCAAAACAUGACGCAGAUCAUCAAGGAGGCAGCAAAGCAUGAGGGAAGAGUGGCCGAUGAUACCCACGUAGAAGUUUGCCAAGGCCCUUCUGUGGCUGAUGUUGUGUUCCUGUUGGAUGUGUCAAUCAACGGCAGCCAAGAGAACUUUGACUAUCUUAAACAAUUCCUGGAAGAAAGCAUAUCUGCCCUUGACAUAAAGGAAAACUGCAUGAGGGUUGGCCUCGUGGCCUAUAGCGAUGAGACUAAGGUGAUAAAUUCGCUAAGCAUGGGCAUAAAUAAGUCAGAGGUUCUCCAGCACAUACAGAACCUCUCUCCCCAGGCUGGGAAGGCCUACACUGGAGCUGCCAUCAAAAAGAUCAGGAAGGAAGUCUUCAGGUCACAGAAUGGCAGUCGGAAGAAUCAGGGGGUGCCCCAGAUAGCGGUGCUGGUGACCCACAGAGCUUCAGAAGACAACGUGACAAAGGCAGCUGUUAACCUCCGGCGCCAGGGCGUGACUAUCUUCACCCUGGGCAUAGAGGGGGCCAGUGACACCCAGUUGGAAAAGAUAGCAUCUCACCCUGCCGAGCAGUUUAUCUCCAAACUGAAGACCUUCUCUGACCUGGCAGCUCACAACCAGACGUUUCUGAAGAAGCUGCGGAAGCAAAUAACACACAGAGUCUCUGUCUUGUCCGAGAGAACCGAAACCCUCAAAUCUGGUUGUGUAGACACUGAGGAAGCAGACAUCUAUCUGCUCAUUGAUGGCUCAGGGAGCACACAGGCCACAGACUUCCAGGAGAUGAAGACCUUCCUGUCAGACGUGGUGGGCAUGUUCAACAUCGCCCCCGACAAGGUGCGGGUGGGGGCCGUUCAGUAUGCCGAUAGCUGGGAUUUGGAAUUUGAGAUCAAUAAAUACUCUAACAAGAAUGAUUUGGGAAAGGCCAUUGAGAACAUCAGGCAGAUGGGUGGGAACACAAACACAGGUGCAGCCCUGAAUUUCACACUCAAACUGCUGCAAAAAGCAAAGCAGCAGCGAGGAAACAAAGUGCCAUGUCACCUCGUCGUGCUGACGAAAGGCAUGUCCAAGGACGACAUCUUGGAACCUGUGAACAGACUGAGAGAAGAGCACAUCCGCGUUCAUGCUAUUGGGGUGAAGGAAGCCAACCAAACGCAGCUGCGAGCGCUGGCAGGCGAGGAGAAGAGAGUGUCCUACGUGCAUGACUUUGACACUUUGAAAGACAUCAGAAACCAAGUCGUGCAAGAAAUCUGUGCCGAGGAAGCCUGCAAAGAGAUGAAAGCCGACAUCAUGUUUCUGGUGGAUAGUUCUGGCAGUAUAGGACUUGAAAACUUCGGCAAAAUGAAAACAUUUAUGAAAAACCUGGUGACCAAAUCUCAGAUUGGGGCAGAUCGGGUGCAAAUUGGCGUCGUCCAGUUCAGUGACGUCAACAAAGAGGAGUUUCAACUCAACCGAUUCAUGUCCCAAAGUGAAAUCUCAAAUGCAAUAGACCGAAUGCCUCACAUUGGAGAAACCACCAUGACCGGUAGUGCCCUAACAUUUGUGUCUCAGUACUUCAGUCCCGCCAAGGGAGCCCGGCCCAAUGUCAGGAAGUUUCUCAUCCUCAUCACGGAUGGCGAAGCUCAUGACAUAGUAAAGGACCCCGCAGUAGCACUUCGGCAAGAAGGCAUAAUUAUCUACUCUGUGGGAGUGUUUGGCUCCAAUGUCACCCAGCUUGAGGAGAUCAGCGGGAGGCCGGAGAUGGUAUUUUAUGUUGAGAAUUUUGACAUCCUGCAGCACAUUGAAGAUGACCUUGUUUUUGGAAUAUGCAGCCCCCGUGAAGAAUGCAAGCGGAUUGAAGUUUUGGAUGUUGUGUUUGUAAUCGAUAGCUCUGGCAGCAUCGACUAUCAUGAAUAUAAUAUCAUGAAGGACUUUAUGAUUGGCUUAGUGAAAAAAGCCAAUGUUGGCAAGAAUCAGGUCCGGUUUGGAGCUAUGAAGUAUGCUGAUGACCCAGAGGUGCUGUUUUAUUUGGAUGACUUUGGCACAAAAUCAGAGGUGAUUUCAAUGCUCCAGAAUGACCAGCCCAUAGGGGGCAACACCUAUACUGCGGAGGCACUAGGCGUCUCUGACCACAUGUUCACUGAAGCCCGAGGCAGCCGCCUGCACAGGGGAGUCCCACAAGUCCUCAUUGUCAUCACCGAUGGGGAAUCCCACGAUGCUGAUAAGCUCAAUGCCACAGCGAGGGCUUUGCGGGACAAAGGCAUCCUUGUCUUGGCUGUGGGGAUUGCUGGCGCCAAUCCUGUGGAGCUGUUAGCCAUGGCAGGAUCAAGUGACAAGUACUUCUUUGUGGAGACUUUUGGAGGCCUGAAGGGGAUAUUUUCAGAUGUGUCGGAUAGUGUCUGUAACUCUUCAAAAGUAGAUUGUGAAAUUGAAAAAGUAGAUCUUGUUUUCCUCAUGGAUGGUUCAAAUAGCAUUCAUCCGAGUGACUUCAAGAAGAUGAAGGACUUUUUGGCUUCUGUUGUUCAGGACUUUGAUGUCAGCCUCAACAGAGUGCACAUAGGAGCAGCCCAGUUUAGCCACACCUAUCGGCCAGAGUUUGCACUGGGAACUUCCAUCGGUGAAAAGGAGGUGUCAUCUCAGAUUGAAAGCAUCCAGCAGAUCUUUGGAAACACACACAUUGGGGCUGCGCUCCGGCAGGUGGGGCACUACUUCCGGCCAGACAUGGGCAGCAGGAUCAAUGCAGGCACCCCACAGGUGUUGCUGGUCCUCACAGAUGGUAAGUCCCAAGACGAGGUGGCGCAGGCCGCUGAAGACCUGAGACACAAAGGUAUUGAAAUCUACUCCGUGGGCAUCGGGGACGUGGACGACCAGCAGCUCAUUCAGAUCACCGGGAAUGCAGAUAAAAAACUGAUGGUGCAUAACUUCGAUGAACUGAAAAAGAUCAAAAAAAGGAUUGUUCGUAACAUCUGUACCUCGAGGGGCGAGAGCAAUUGUUUCAUGGAUGUUGUGGUGGGAUUUGAUGUUUCAACUCAGCAGAAAGAGCAGACUUUGCUCGAAGGACAGCCUUGGAUAGAAACCUACCUUCAAGACAUCUUACAUGCCAUCAGCUCCCUCAAUGGGGUAAGCUGUGAGGUGGGCACGGAGACUCAGGUUAGUGUGGCUUUCCAAGUGACAAAUGCCAUGGAAAAAUAUUCUCCCAAGUUUGAGAUCUACAGUGAAAACAUACUGAACAGCUUGAAGAAUGUAACAGUUAAAGGACCAUCUCUUCUCAACGCAAAUCUCUUGAGUUCUCUAUGGGGUGCAUUUCAGAACAAAUCGGCUGCUCGAGGAAAGGUGGUCCUUUUAUUUUCAGAUGGAUUGGAUGAUGAUAUUGAAAAACUUGAACAAAAGUCUGAUGAACUUAGAAAAGAAGGCCUGAAUGCCCUCAUCACUGUUGCUUUGGACGGAGUUGCCCAUUCAGGCGACCUGGCUGAUCUUCUUUACAUUGAAUUUGGGAGAGGAUUUGAGUACAGGACACAGCUCAGUCUUGGCAUGAGGGAUCUUGGGAGCCGGUUGUCAAAGCAUCUGGUCAAUGUUGCUGAAAGGACAUGCUGCUGCUUGUUCUGCAAGUGCAUUGGAGAAGAUGGCACAAUAGGAGAUCCUGGGCCACAGGGGAAAAAGGGAACUCUAGGUUUUAAAGGCAGCAGCGGAUACCAGGGAGAGGAGGGUGCUGCUGGAGAAAGAGGAGACCCUGGACCAGUGGGAGAGCAAGGCACUAAGGGCUGCAAUGGUGCCAAAGGCCCGAAGGGAAGCAGGGGAUUGAAUGGACAAGAGGGAGAAGUUGGGGAAAGUGGAAUCGAUGGAUUAAAUGGAGAACAGGGUGGCAAUGGUCUUCCUGGAAGAAAAGGAGAAAAGGGUGAUGAAGGAUCCCAGGGAAGCCCAGGAAAGAGAGGGACUUCUGGUGACCAUGGAGCCAAGGGCCUGCGAGGAGAUCCUGGAGUUCCUGGAAUUGACAGUAGUAUAGAAGGACCCGAGGGCUUGAAAGGAGAACGUGGAAGACAAGGUAGAAGAGGCUGGCCAGGCCCCCCCGGGACACCAGGCUCCAGAAGAAAGACGGCAGCUCAUGGCCGAAGAGGACUUACAGGCCCACAGGGAAAAACCGGCAUCCCAGGCCCAGAUGGACUUGAAGGCUCACUGGGACUUAAAGGGCCUCAGGGCCUGCGAGGAGAGGCUGGUGUGAAAGGAGAAAAAGGAGGUCUGGGAAGUAAAGGUCCCCAGGGGCCUCCAGGACCUGGAGGAGAAUUAGGGAAUCAAGGCCAUUCGGGAAUCCAAGGAAAUAAAGGAGAACCUGGAGAUCUGGGAGAAAAAGGAGCUAUUGGCUUUCCAGGGCCUCGAGGCUUGCAGGGCGAUGAUGGCAGUCCAGGUUACGGUAGCAUCGGAAGUAAGGGAGCAAAGGGGCAAGAGGGAUUCCCUGGAGAAAGUGGACCUAAGGGUGAGACUGGGGACCCCGGUGGUCCCGGAGAGACAGGACCCAAGGGAGCUGGAGGCAAAACGAUAUCUGCUGGGCUUCCAGGAGAGCUGGGAUCCCCUGGGGAGCCAGGACCUCCUGGACGCAAGGGUGUGAAAGGGGCAAAGGGAUUGGCUUCAUUUUCUACAUGUGAGCUCAUGCAGUAUGUGCGGGACCACAGUCCUGGCGGACACGGAAAACCCGAAUGCCCGGUGCACCCGACCGAGUUGGUGUUUGCCUUCGACCAGUCCCGCGGUGUCACGGAGCAGGACUUUGAGCGGAUGAAGGCGAUGACGGCGUCCCUGCUGGCACCGGUCCGAGUCCGGGGGAACAGCUGCCCCGCGGGCGCGCGCGUCGCCGUCGUCUCCUACGGCUCCCGUGGCUCCCACGCCAGGCGCCUGGUCCGCUUCUCCGAUGCCUACGACAAGAGCCGGCUUCUCGGGGAAAUCGCGGCUAUUCCUUACGAGCCGUCCUCAGACGGCCGGCAGAUCGGCAGAGCCAUGAGGUUCAUCUCCAGGAACGUCUUCAAGCGAACGCUCCCGGGGGCUCACACGAGAAGAAUCGCCACGUUUUUCAGCAGCGGCCAGUCGGCCGACGUCCAGUCCAUCACCACGGCCACCAUGGAGUUCAGUGCCCUUGACAUCGUCCCCAUCGUCAUCGCUUUCAGCAACGUGCCCUCCAUCCAGCGCACGUUUGCGAUUGAUGACACUGGCAUGUUCCAAGUAAUAGUGGUUCCGUCUGGGGCUGACUACACACCAGCAUUAGAGAAACUCCAGCGGUGCACUUUCUGCUACGAUGUAUGCAAACCAGAUGCUUCUUGCGAGGAAGCCAGACCACCCCCUGUGCAGUCUUACAUAGAUGCUGCUUUCCUUCUGGAUGGCUCCCGGAAUGUGGGAAGUACUGACUUUGAAGACAUAAGAGGCUUCCUGGGAGCACUAUUAGAUCAUUUUGAAAUCACCCCUGAGCCCGAGACCUCUGUCACUGGAGACCGGGUGGCCCUACUGAGCCAUGCUCCCCCUGACUUCCUUCCCAACAUUCAGAAGAGUCCUGUUAGAACCGAGUUCAACCUUACCACCUACAGCAGUAAGCGCCUCAUGAAGAGGCAUGUAGAAGAAUCAGUUCAACAACUAAAUGGAGAAGCUUUUAUUGGUCAUGCCUUACAGUGGACCAUGGACAAUGUCUUUUUAAGUACACCCAAUCUGAGAAAAAACAAAGUCAUAUUUGUAAUAUCUGCUGGGGAAACCAAUCACUUGGAUGGGGAAACCUUAAAGAAAGAAUCCUUGCGAGCCAAAUGUCAGGGGUAUGCCGUAUUUGUGUUUUCCCUUGGUGCUGCUUGGAAUGACCAGGAACUGGAAGAUUUAGCCAGCUACCCUUUGGAUCACCACUUGGUCCAGCUUGGCCGAAUUCAUAAACCUGACCACGGAUAUGGUGUGAAGUUUGUGAAAUCCUUUAUAAAUUCAAUCAGGCGUGCAAUCAACAGAUAUCCACCAAUAAACUUCAGAACAAAAUGCAAUAGACUCAGCUCUACAGAUCCAGAGCAGCCCGCACGACAAUUUCAAAGCUUUGUUCCUGGACCACAUAAAACUGCCCUCAAAGAAGAUGCAUUACAGAAGGCAAAAUUCUUUCAAUAUAAAAAAAUAUUUUCAAGAGUGGCAAGACAUGGCAGAGAUGAUGCCAUUCAAAAUUUUACCAGAAACACAUCCCAUACCUUUAAAAAUGGAAAAAGGGUGAUAACUGCUCCCAAACAACAUGAUAAAGGAAGUGCUCGAACAAUUUAGCCUAGGAACCGUGGUAAGACUUGGACUCUAAUAAUAACUAAAUCCACUGCCAGAACUCUGGGCAACUUUUAUCUGGAUAUCUACCUGUAUCCACAGGUCUGUUCUGGAGAGUGAAGGCACAGGUUGUAGAUUAGCAGGUAACUUGGCCCCCUGCACUCACUGGUAUUAAGAUAUAUCUUGUCCAUUUUAUUUGACAACUCCUGACAAUUCUAGCACUCUAAGACUGAAAUGUCCAAGAACUGUUACCAUUAGAAGAUGGAAGAAUGAAAGUAUUUUGAAAAGUCUGAAGGAGGUAUAAUUUGAAGGUAAAUUUUACAGUUAUGCAUGUGUGUACAUGGGCCGACGCUAAUUCUUUUGAUUGUCUCUGUCCAGUCCAUUUUCUGCAAAUCAAACUUUCUUUCCUCAUCUAGUACUGUUUAUCAAUGCUCAUCUGUUUAACCAAAGGUAUUUCUUAAUGUUUUGGGCUACUCCGACAUUUAUCGUAGAAAUUGGUGCUGUUUGUAUAUGUCAUAUUUUUGAAAAUUUGACCUUCCAUGACUAUUCCAUUUAAACAUACCGUUGUCUCUGUGUAGACUGACUAGUCCAUAGAUGGGCUUGUGCUGGAAGGUUUCCUCCCACCUUCUGCAGUUGUUUGCUGGGACCUGUGAGAAGCAGAGGGGUAAUUUUCUCGAGCUCUAAAUCCUCCUAUACUCACUGAGAAACUCAUUAAUUCCAUUUAUGUCCUUAAUUAAUUAAGGACAUAAAUUGUUUUCGAGCUGGUAGUUCUGUUUUCAUUAUCGAGCUUCCUGCCCAGCCAUUUUGAUGGAUUUCUAGUCUUUCUCUCCUGUUAUAGUCUUUUAUUAAUUUUCACUAAUCCAUAUAUUGUUUAGACAGGAGAGUAAAGACACAACUUGUCAUGGGUGAAGCUCUGAGUUACUUAUACCCAGCAGGUAGCUAUUUAGUCGACAGUGAACUGCACCAAAACAGGAUUGGCAAAGCUCUAAAAGGAAGAUUAAAUGCACACUGAGUUUGGGAAAGGUAAGAAAAUUUGUUAAUGUUUUAAUCUACAAAUCCAUAUGGGGUUGCAGAGAUGUCCAAGAGAUCAGAGCAAGUUAAAACAUGAAAAGGUGUUUGAAGUGCCUAGCCUCUACUAGCGUUCUCUGAUGGCUCUGUCUCCUCAUCUCCUCAUCCACAUCGAAUUCUUAGUCUUAUGAUGGGGCUGAUAUUUAACAACCCAAAGUAGCAUUAUUUAAUUUAGACACAAUAUUUGGAACUUACCUCAGUCUAAGAGCUGGCUCCACAGUUGGUAGCGAUUGCCCUGCUAGGGAGAGUAUCACUCUCUUUGGGAAGGCAGAGAAGCCCUGCUUGGACGUGUGGGGUAGAUGGUUAUUGGCACCAAAGAUCAGUAGGGUGCAUUCAGAUUUUCCUUUCUAUACCUUUUUUCCUAAAACCUGGAAAAAAGAGCGAAUCUACAGUAUUUUUCUAAAUCACUUUUGCCAUCCUCACUCGGGCAGCUCCACAGAGAUAGCUCCCAAUGUCUAGAGGAGCAAUAAAUCCAAGGAGUUAAAUGUCUUAUUCAUGCUCAGGUAAUAGAGAAGAAUAGAACACAUCAGGUUUCUUCAUCUAUCCUAAAUGGUGACUAGAGGUUCAGGAAAAAUUUAUGUUGUACGUGCAAGAAAUUGAUGAGCAAUAUUUAAAAGCAUUAAAAGAUUUUUCUAGUUAAUUUUAGAUUAAGCACAAAUUCCUUUCUUCUGUUUAUUGUUGAAAAUAUUUUUAAAAUGUAUUUGUCUGUUUUUCUCUGCACUGGUAGUAAGUAAAGCACACCAAACAAAUAUUCCUUUGGUGAUUCAUAAGAUUAUUUUAGCAUUUUGGGACAUCUUUUUAAUCAUUAAUAGGUGCACGGUCUGAAGUAUACUGCAAAUAGACGUUCCUUUUUAAAAAUAAAUCCCUAGUGUUAGCAUUUUCCAUGAUUUACCUCUUUCUGCUAAAAGUGGAAAGCAGCAAAAAUUGAGUGUAAAUUUAAUAAAGCCCUAGUUAAACCAAAAAUCACACAAACAAAUGGUGAUGCUUCUCGGUUUAAAAAUGUAAAUUAAUUGACUGUAAAGGACCUUCCUUGUAUUAUCUCUGCCCUGAGUUAUGAAUCAACUUGUUAAAAGAAAAAAGGAAAGUAGAAGUUAAAGAGAUGCAACUUAACAUGGGAUCAGACUAUAAUAC